GGAUUGCAACAUUAUAAAUUGCAUUAUUUUCAGACUAAAGAUGGCGGCACACUACGAGGCAUAGGAGUGACGCUGCAGCGGGUCCAUCUCGACGAGUGUUACGGGAAUAAGGACGUGUAUAAAUCCUACCCCAUCGGCGAUGGAGUGGUGCAAAUAUCAGACUUGCUAGACGUGCAACGUGACCGCGUGUUCGACAGUUCACUGACCUUUGUCAGCGUGCACAACCCAUUGCCGGAGGGCGUCGUCACGCUGUGCCCCAUGGAGGUGCGGUCAGUAUUCAUUAACCAAUCGCUCAACAACGGCUGAGUCGAACAUAGCGUAUAAAUACAGGACUGAUUAUAUUAAAUAACUGUUGCAAGUCUGCAACGUUUAGCAUUGUAAUUUUAACUCAUUGAAAACAAUUUCAAAUCAUAUCACCGCAGUCACUUGUAAGUUAACAAAAUACUUGUAAUAUAUAAUUCAAUUUUCAAACAAUUUCAAUUUUUAUUAAUAGUGGCAUGAUUGUUAUUGCCUGUUUUAUUAAGCAAAUACUUGUAAUAAUGCCGUUUGUAAAGUAAUAUUUGUUUCAACAGUACAAGCAUAAUAUGUAAACAGCGUUAUUGUCAUGAUUUACUAGGUUUUGCAUACAUUUCAAGUGUACUAUUUAAAAUAAAGUGAAUUAAAAAAUAUAAUAUAGAUAGAUAUAAAAUUAUAUUAUAUAAAUUCAUUUAUAAUUGAGAUAAAGUCGUGUUAUUUAUGUUGCUUGUGAGAUAUUGACGAAAAAGUAUUU